AUGCUAGACUUAUUGAACAAUUGGUAUACAAGUGGAGUCGUUCCCCUUGAACAAGACAAUUUCCUCGCCCUAGACAACCUUAGCAAACCAUUAAGUGGACUUAUACGGUGGUCUAAAUUCUCCAAACUGAACAACUCUGGAUUUCAUGUAGUUUACCAGUACAACGAGGGACAAUACAGUUUGACAAAAGGAGAUGGCAGUAAGAAAUAUAGCUACACCUGUGAAACAGCCAAAAGUGAAGCCUUUAGAAUCAUACAAGAUGACAGGGACUUUACGUACGGGACGAACUAUCCUGACGAGAAAUCAGCACCCAGGGGCCCCAAGUUUUACCUGUACCCUACUGACACAGAAAUCCUUGGAUCCACCUCUGAGGUUUAUCUGGAGUGUGCAGCCACUGGGCUCACUCAGCCCACAUACCAGUGGACUGUAACCAGUGAGGAUGGGCAGACCCGGCCCAUAGUGGGCCCUCGAUACAUAGUGACCAACGGCAGAGUCAGCAUCAGCAAUCCUCAAGUGGCGUUAGACGGGGGAAGUUAUCAGUGCAGUGCUAAGAAUGAAUUUGGAGUUGUUCUGACUCCACCUGUUGUGUUAUCUUUUGCAGAUUUAGGAGAAUUUUCCAAUGUUGAUACGGCCCCCAUUCGUCCGUUGGAAUACCAGGGUACAGUGAUCCAGUGUCCAAAGAUUUCCUCAACAUCCAGUCUGUCCAUCAGCUAUAACUGGAUCAAGGACCAAACCACGCCCAUUAACUCCCGACUGACACCGUAUCUCUUUAUUUCUGGAGACGGCCAGCUUUAUUUCUCGGAGGUGACGCGAGGCGAUAAUGGCAUGUACUUCUGCAUGGCGACACUGACGUAUCCGACAGACUGUGACAACUACGCAGGAUCGUUUCAGUCUCCCAGUCGAAUCAGUACGGGAAUACCCUUACAAGUGCAGGGAACUCCAUCAGGAAUAUUGAAUGUUCAGAUUCCUGACAGUUUCAUUCAAGUGUUUCCACGGCAACCAGUGGUGGGAGUUGAUGUCAGAUUGGAAUGUUUUGCUUAUGGAAGUGGACCUCUAGUGUACCAGUGGUUUCUCCCGACCCUUAGAGAUCCAGGGACCAGGGUCAGGUUUACAGACAGUGACCGGGUGUUGACCAUCGUGGGGGUCACUCUUCAGGAUGCCGGGGUGUUCACCUGUGUGUGCUCAAGUCGACGGUCAGGAACUAGGGACCAGAAAACCUUCCAUCUCGCCAUUGAGGCAAAACCAGUGUUCACAGUUCCCCUGAGGGACCAGCACGCAGACAGAGAAUCUGAACUGGUCUGGAGAUGUCAGGCAUUUGGGAUUCCCCGACCCACCUACACCUGGUACCGGAACGGUCAGCUGUUGUCAGGGGACAGUGACCUAGCUAUCACAGGAAACACCCUCACAAUUCCCAGGCUUGGGGAGGGUCAGGCUGGGAUGUACCAGUGUAUGGCCAGCAACAGACAUGGGGUGGUGACCAGUACCGCCCAACUCAGGGUGUUGUCUUUCCCUCCCUCCUUUAAAAAGAGACCGCUGGAAUCCACCACCAUUGGAUCACUGGGGGGAUCUGUGACCAUCCUGUGCCACCCAGAGGCUGCGCCCAGCCCCAACAUCACCUGGCUGUAUGAGGGACAGGUGAUUCCAGGUGAUAGUGGACAGGAAGGGACACCUGUCCACCUUCAGUCACUGACCAGUGGUCACCUGAGGAUUGUUAACCUGAGCUACACAGACCAGGGCUUGUACACCUGUAAGGCUGUCAAUAUACAUGGGACAGUACAGAGCUCCACUGAGCUGACAGUGCUAGGUAGGACAGUAAUGGUGGAGCGGCCCUCAACUGUUACAGUGGUGGUGAAUGGAACAGCCCUGCUGUCCUGUCGAGCUUCCUACAGCCCCGGUCUAGAACUCGUCUAUACCUGGUCCUUUAACGACCAAAGUAUAGAUCCUGAGCAGGAUAACAACUUUAAGAUGAGGAGUCCUUUCACUGGUGAUCUAUAUAUAGUGAUGACACAAUUCAGACAUGCUGGAGUGUACACCUGUACGGCCUCUACCCAGCUAGACUUUGUCAGUACGUCAGCUACACUGUCAGUUCUAGGACCCCCUGGGGAGCCCUUUGGUGUCCAUGUUGUCAAGAGACAAUCAUCCAUUGAUCCAUACAUUAUUCACCUUGCAUGGCAAGAUGGGGCCACUCAUGGGAGACCAGUGCAGGCUUACUCCAUAUUCACCAAGUCAAAUUACUCUGAGAGCAAAUGGAACAUGAUAAUGAAUAUUCCUCUGAAUUCGGUUACAGUGGAGGGAACUUUGAGGUCCGUUAAGGUCCUGCACCUGAGUCCUGGGUCCUCCUAUCGAUUCAAGGUCCUAGCCAUCAACAUCUACGGAGCUGGACCAACAAGUGCCCCUUCAGUGUGCCUGAAAUGUGCCUAUUAUUAA